AUGGCCCUGAAAUUUCCGACCCUAGUUUACAUCGACGAAGAAAACGCCGAGAUAACUUGGUCAAGACAACUGCGGGGCGAUCUCGAUGGCGAUGGAAAAGUUGACUUGAACGAAUAUCUCGAGCCAGAGGUGAUUCCUGAAGAUGGGAAGCACGUCCACUCCGAUAAUAUCCCGGACAAAACUUCGAUGAUUCUCCAUGACGCGCUGCGAACUGAUGCCGGUCGAUACCAGCUCGAGGUGAAGACUGAAACUGGAGUCGACAAAAUUCACUUUCUCGUCCGAGUCAUUGAUGUUCCCGGUCCACCAACGCAGCCGAGGAUUUCCGAGCUUGUCGGCGAGUCUUGUCGGGUCGAUUGGGGCCCUCCUCUUGAAGAUGGCGGCUGUCUUAUUCGAGGUUAUUUGAUCGAAAGAAAGAAAACCUGCUCGACUCGCUGGAUUCGACUUAACUCAAGUCUUCAUGAAUUUCAUAACUUCUUUGCCGAUCGAAUGAUGGAAGGCUCCGAAUAUGAAAUCCGAGUAAGCGCGGUCAAUGAGUGCGGAGUCGGCGAGCCCUCGAUGAAUUCCGAAAAAUUUAUUCCCAUGGAACCAACCUCUGAAGUUCUCGACUUCUGCUCCUCUGACGUCACCGACGGAACAGUCAAGCUCAACUGGAUGGAACCCCUGGACAUUGGAUACGCUGGCCUUGACGGAUACGAGCUCCAGCACCAAGUUCUCAAGGGCAAGAAACACGAUGACGACGCACUAAGUGCCACUGAAUGGGUCGACUCAAACAACCAAAAACUCUUGGCUCCGGAGGCGAUGGAUUUUAUCUGCAAAAAUCUUGAAAUCGGCAAGUACUACGCCUUCCGAAUCCGAACUCGAAAUAUUGCUGGAUCGUCGAAGUGGGUUUACUGUGGCCCAAUUAUUUGCGCCUUCGCUGUGAUUGACCCAAAGUUGCUCAUCCCGAAGGAAUACAAAAAUCCGGGAAUUUUUGUUCGAAAAGGCGCUCGACUCAAUGUCCUCAUUCCAUUCGAGGGACGACCGCUUCCUCAAAUUUCCUGGAAAAUGCUUGAGCCUCCAAAAGAAGGCUGGGAAUUUCUCGAAGCAUCGAUGAAGCCGUUAGAGGACUAUGUGACUAUCAAGAACAAUCAGACUUCCAGUCAGCUAACUAUCAAAGAAACUCGCAUGAGCGAUACUGGAAAAUACUUCAUCAAACUCUCUGUCGGAGACGUAGAAGUCGAGUCCGAAAUAAACGUCAACGUUGUCGACAUUCCUGGAGAAGUGAAAGAGCUCAAGAUUGUCGAAAUCGUCGGAACAACUGCUGAGCUCUCUUGGAAACCGCCUUUGAGCUCUGGAAACUUGGACAUCCUCGGCUACCGAGUUGAAAAGCGCGACAAAAGAUCAGGAGCUGAUUGUCCCUGGUUCAUGUGCUUGGAAAAGACACGGCAGGAGAAGUGCUUCAUUCAUGGCUUGGUUCCAAACAACGAUUACGCUUUCCGAGUUACUGCGAUCAACGAAAUCGGCCAAGGACCCCCUUCGAGUACUGAUUACGGAAGAGUUGACGCAACGCCUUACGAUUUAAAGCUGAAGCCUUAUAUUUCCAAGUCAUUGGAAAAAGCUCCAAAGUUCACGACUCCUCUGAACUCUCGAUCGAUGAUCGUCAAUUUCGAAACAACUCUUUCCUGCAGCUUCGAAGCCUACCCGCCGCCGAAGAUCACUUGGCUCUGGAAUAAAGUUCCGAUCGACAAGAUGAAUCCACACUUCAUGAUGAUUUCCCAAGGCGGAAUUUGUCAACUAAAACUUCGCCGAGUCAGAUUUGGCGAUGGCGGAAUUUACUCCUGCGUGGCUGAGAAUGAACUUGGAACAGGCAAAUUCUAG